AUGGACCCCAGGCAGAAAGUAGCUGCAAAGAAGAUCAGCAACAAAAAGCUAGGCUUUGGGGUUAUCCAAGAAGCACCUCAGCCACUGCCACAACUUCCGACCACUCAACAAAAGGCUGCACAGAAGGCAUUAAGGACCAAAAUUGAUCCUGCAUUGUUCAUUUCUGAGGCUGCCUGGAAUUUAUUUGAGAGAACCAGGAAUUGGCCGUUGAUAGUGGAAAGAGGUGUGGACACUGAGACCGCACCGGCAUUAGGCAGACGGAGAUGUGGUGUAUGUAAGAGGAAGAAAUGUGGACAUCAGCCGUGCCGCAAUCAGAACCGCGUGGAGCCUGCAAACGGUGGAAAUAGACCUAGAAAAGGCUCUGACGGAUCUGCACAAGGAUAA